UUGCUGCGAUCUAGCGAGCAGAACUUGACAUGUCCUUUCUCGGCUUGUGGUAACUUGUAUCCUGAGGGCGGUGAUGGAGUCCGUCCUGCAGCUCACCUCGACAUUAACCUCGACAUUAACAUCCUAGAAACCAGCACGUCCAGCUGCUUCCAUCUCCAGCUGCUGCUGGCUCCUGCACAGCGUCAUGUUGGCCAGGAAGGGCCUCCUGCCGGACGGCUUCCUGCUGACGCGUCUGGCAGAGGACCAGAACACGCCAAACCGGGCCCGCACCAGGAUUCAGAGACCCCGCUUCAUCACCAAGAACGGAUCCUGCAAUGUGGCUCAUAAGAACAUCAGAGAGCAGGGUCGCUUCCUGCAGGAUGUCUUCACCACCAUGGUGGACCUGAAGUGGCAGCACUCUCUCCUCAUCUUCACCUCGGCGUUCCUCUGCUCCUGGAUGCUCUUUGCCAUGGCCUGGUGGCUCCUGGCCUUCGCUCACGGAGACCUGGAGCCCCGAGAUCCCGAUGGGGAGCCGGGCCCCGUCCCCUGUGUCACUGCCAUCCAGUCCUUCACCUCAGCCUUCCUCUUCUCCAUUGAAGUCCAGGUGACCAUCGGUUUCGGUGGGAGGAUGGUGACGGAGGAGUGUCCCCUGGCCAUCAUUGUACUGAUCAUCCAAAACAUUCUGGGACUGAUCGUCAACGCUGUGAUGCUUGGCUGUGUGUUCAUGAAGACAGCACAGGCCAACCGGCGAGCAGAGACGCUCAUCUUCUCCAGAAAUGCUAUCAUAGCUCCUCGAAACGGCCGGCCAACCUUCAUGUUCAGAGUUGGAGACCUUAGGAAGAGUAUGAUCAUAUCAGCCACCGUGCAGCUGCAGGUGAUUCGCCGGACCAUGACUGCAGAGGGGGAGGUGAUUCCUGUGUGCCAGCUGGACAUCCAAGUGGAGAACCCUCUGAGAAGUAACGGGAUCUUCCUGGUGUCUCCCCUGAUCAUCAGCCACACCAUGGAGCGGUGCAGCCCGCUGUACGAGCUGUCGGCACAGUCCCUGGCCUCUGAGGAUCUGGAGAUCAUCGUCAUACUGGAAGGUGUAGUAGAGACGACGGGGAUCAGCAUGCAGGCUCGCACUUCCUACACGCCUGAGGAGAUCCUGUGGGGUCGGCGCUUCGUCUCCAUCGUAACAGAGGAGGAUGGCAGGUACUGCGUAGACUACUCCAAAUUUGGAAACACGGUUCCUGUCAAAAUGUCUUCUCUCAGCGCCAAAGAGCUGGACCAGACUAGAGGAGUCCAGGAGGGGGGGUCAGACGGUCAUCUGCAGGGGUGGGGGUUGGUCCGGGCUGGCAGAGGAGGCUUCCGCAGAGGGGGGCGGGCCUUCAACAGUGCUGCCCCGCAACCCUGGUACACCCACACGGAGAAACCAGAGAAAGAGGUGGAGCGGAAGGGACACAAGAAGACGGUGAAGCUGGAGGUGAUUGGACAACAAACUGAGGAGGACGGACUCGGAGAAAUGAGUGACUGAAUAAUUACCACAGUUUGUGACAGACGUGGAGUGUGCAUACUGAAACUCAUGCAGUCGUACACUUGUUGGUUAUAUUUAAUGUCAGGCUCUGAAGACAAGAAAGAACGCAAGAUGACCUUGCAGGAGAGAAGUGAAUGCUUCUUUUUUCGGUUUAGCUGACACAGUGUUGUCCUAAACAAUUCUUUACCAUGAAGUAACUGUCAGAAUGCACUGUUUAAAUGCUACACUAAACCAGCUCAGAGACACAAAAAAGGACAACAAAGAGACAUAAAACAACGAUGAAUAGGUUGUUUCAGGACUUUGUUUAACCGUUUAUCAGAAAGAAUAAGAAAACAAAUGCACAAAUCAACCAUCAAUGACAGAAAGAGACAUGUCUUUUCAGUCAUAUUUUGGUUCACCAUCUGCACACUGACUGUUGGGGUUGUUUUACUCCCUUCUCCGACCAGAACUCACUACAGACUCAAACCUGCCUCAUAUCAUUGUCUAUUUAGUCAUCGUAUUGUGUCAUGAUCAUGUGUUCUGCAUCUUUUCCUACUGUUUUUUGUGACACUUUGUUCUGCUGUAUUUUAUUUUCCACUCACAAAAGUCCAAUGUAUGUAUGUAUUGAAGAUGAGACAAAUAAAGAACACGUACAAGCUGGAGGUGAAGUUAAGGAACAGGAUGUUCUGCUCGCUGUACAUUUCUCUAUGCUUAGAAAAUAUUUAUUGUUCUCAGGUUUUUCCAUAUAAGAUGUAAUUUAUGUUCAAUAAAUACAUCAUUAUC